GUCAUCUCAACCGAAUAGAAAGCUGCAGAGAGAGCUCUGGCUGUGCUCCUCGUACAAGCCCCCUUGCCGAUUGUCCCUUGUCUGCGCAUGGAUGACGGGUUCGUUUGCUUGCAAACCUUCCGUGAUGUGAUCGAUGCAUGUUCGCGCCGCAAGGCGCUAGGCGCAAGACGGAGACCAGGUCCGGUACCGGGGCUGACGGUCGGCAUCACCGCGCCCCCCUCCCUCCCCCUCGUGCGGCGCCGCCGGUGCGAGAUCACGGUCUUCCGGCGAGACGGGUGGGGAGUUCGGUGGUCCCAGCAAGCGCAGGAGGAGGGGUUCGAAUCGGAAACGUGGCUGGGCGGGAUGCUUCGCUGGAAAAAACUACCCAUAAAAACAGAACAGAAGGCGAACGAACACACAAGAUCAUGCUACGCCCCCAGGCAUUCCGAUACCCAGAUCAGGGAGUAGUAGUAAUCGACCUCCGGUCUGGCGGCGUGAGGAGCCGGGGUGAGCCCUCCAGGGCAAAACGCAGUCCCGACAAUGUCUGGGCCAGGCGAAGAGUAGGUAGCCGGGCGGAUUUCGAAACCGCAUUGAGAGCCAGCCGUACAUCGGAUCAGGGUGGGAUCGGCCGGGAGGGCUUUCGGCCUGACGAUGACGUAUUGACCAUGACUCGAUUGCCGACGACUACCUAUGCCAUAUUUUUCACCGGCGUUUCUGCAAAGGGCGAAGCAGUCGGUGGCAGUUGAUCACUUCCCCCGGGUGCAAGAGAGAUAGAUACAAGAGAGUU